CGGUCUUUGAAGGGAGGCAUUUGUGUGAAGGAAUGAACAUUGUCUCCACCUGUUUUAUGGGUUGUAUACUCAUUCCUUAAGAAAAUCCGCACUUCAUAUAUAUUUUCUGGCCAUCGCGAACGAAAACCGACACUGCCUUGUUGCUGACCCUUCAAAACUCCCGCUCCGGGGCUCCGCACAUGUCCGCUUCGUCACGGCUUCAACGAUUUAUUCGACCGACACUAAAAGUCCAGCUCCUGUAGCUUCCAUCUAAAUCACGCAAAUCACGCAUCCAAUUUCGACCCUUGACCGCAUCUCUGACGGUCCCUCUGUGUCCUCACCCAACAACACGAUACGGAAACCAGGAACUGUCAUCUCCAGACGAUAAGCCGAUUGCGACAGCACCUCAACUGAAACACCAUCUUAUGCACAUUCCGCCCAAGUCAGCGCAAUCUUCAUGGUACUAGCCCGAGUGGCUGAAUACUUCUUCCCGUCGGAAUCGAAUGACAGCACCGUCCUGCUCACUCACUUCGACAAUGGGCAUACUAUGUCCGAUCCUACGAGACGGAAGGCAGAAAGCCUUCCCUCGGAUAAGUCACAAUCGACCCUCACACCCGCGGCGGAGAUAGACUCGAAUGGUCCUGAUGGCGAAGCUUAUCGUCCUCCCUAUAUCCAUGCAAUGCUGGCAGGCGGUCUGGGUGGGACGAUGGGGGAUAUGUUGAUGCACAGUCUGGACACGGUCAAAACGCGGCAACAGGGAGACCCACACCUGCCGCCCAAGUACACGGGCAUGGGCAACACAUACUACACCAUUUUCCGACAAGAGGGUGUCUGGAGGGGUCUCUAUGGUGGAGUCACGCCUGCAUUUCUGGGGAGCUUUUCAGGGACCGUGGUGUUUUUCGGAAGCUAUGAAUGGUUCAAGAGGAGGCUCAUCGACUACGGUCUAAAUCCCUCCGUUGCGUACAUGUCGGCAGGGUUCUUGGCCGAUCUCGCUGCGAGUCCAUUGUAUGUGCCCUCCGAAGUCCUCAAAACACGGCUUCAGCUCCAGGGACGAUACAACAACCCCUUCUUCACAUCUGGCUACAACUAUCGAUCAUCCAUGCAUGCAUUGCGCACCAUCUACCGCACCGAAGGAAUUGCUGAAUUAUUUUCUGGAUACAAGGCGACACUGUUCCGAGAUCUCCCCUUCUCCGCACUGCAAUUCGCAUUCUAUGAACAGGAGCAGAAAUGGGCCAAACAAUGGGUCGGACCCGGAAAUGAGAUUGGACUCCCUUUAGAGAUUCUGACCGGUGCGAGCGCUGGAGGAAUGGCUGGUGUGCUCACAUGUCCGAUGGAUGUUGUCAAAACUAGGAUACAGACGGAGCUGGAUCCAAGCAUCUAUGCUGCGGCUCACAAAGGUUCGGGGCAGAAUGCACCACUCGCUUCUGAGGCCCAUCCACUGCCCGUUCAAAGCUCGCAUCGGCCAUCAUCGGCACCACUUAGCGCCUCAUCUCAAACGCGCCCAAUUUCCACAUCAGGCCCAAGCACCGUCCUCAAGCAUCACGGCCAAGUGAGCCUCGACACAGAGUCCGUCUUCAAAGCGCUACGGAUCAUCUACAAGAGCGAGGGACUUGCAGGGUGGUUCCGUGGUGUCGGGCCCCGAGCCGUGUGGACCAGUGUGCAAAGUGGCACCAUGCUGGUCGUGUAUCAAAAUCUCUUGCGUUGGUUCGACAGCAAUCCUUUGGUCGAGAUAGACGAUGGCGAUGGUUUGCGGAGCCUAUGAGCCGGUUUCUGUCGCCGUGUGUUGUGGCUGCUAUCGACCCAGGCUGGCAUGAGCAUCUCUCCUUCUCUCCCUCUCCCAUGUAAACUAUUUUCCAUGCAUCGAUAGAUCUGUCGGAUAGCAUUUCUCCACAUAGACUUACUUUCCAAAAGAAAAUGACUUCCAUUUCCAAAAAAACAAAUAAACAACCACCGUUGUGCUC